CAUACCAUGGCUGCAGAAACACAAAGAGAUCAUGAGCUCACAUGCAGUUCAAAUGAAAAUGAAGAAGAGCGAGCAAGAGUAGAUAUCUAUAAAUAUAUAUUUGGGUUCGUAGAAAUGGCUGUGGUGAAAUGUGCCAUUGAGCUUGGAAUAGCUGACACCAUCGAAAGCCAUGGACGCCCCAUAUCUCUCUUGGAGUUAUCAUCAGCCUUAAGCUGUGCUCCUCCAGCCCUUCAUCGCAUCAUGAGGUUUUUAGUAAACCGCAAGAUAUUCAAAGAGUUCAGAAACGACAAUGUUCAAGACUCUCAACCUUGUUUAUACGCACAAACAGCCCUUUCUCAACUUCUCCUGAGGUCCAGCGAGAAAAGCAUGGCAACCUUCAUGUUGAUGGAGAGCAGCCCUCCUAUGCUGGCGCCAUGGCAUGGCCUAAGUGCUCGUGUUAAGACUGAGGUUGAUUCUUGGGCGCCAUCGCCAUUUGAGGUGGCAAACGGCAAAGAUCUGUGGAGCUACGCGGCAGCUAAUCCUGGCCACAGCCGGCUCAUUAACGAAGGAUUGGCAUGCAAUGCCAGGGUGACGGUGGCAGCAAUACUGGACGGUUGUCCAGACGUGUUCAAUGGGAUCGGUACUAUUGUCGAUGUCGGCGGUGGUAACGGGACCGCUUUGCGGAUGUUGAUCAGGGCUUGUCCAUGGAUUCGAGGCAUCAACUUUGAUCUUCCUCAUGUUGUAUCUGUUGCGUUACAGUCUGAUGGUGUUGAGCAUGUUGGUGGUGACAUGUUUAAGUCUGUUCCUAAAGCUGAUGCUGCUUUUAUCAUGUCGGUUCUUCAUGACUGGGAGGAUGAUGAGUGUAUCCAAAUACUGAAGAAGUGUAGGGAAGCUAUUCCGGAAGUCAAGGGGAAGGUGAUAAUGGUAGAAUGUGUUACUGAAAAUAAUGUAAAGGAAAAGCAUAAAGGUGAAGAGCUGGAGCUGGAGCUAAAAGAUGUGGGUUUGUUCCUUGACAUGGUGAUGCUUGCUCAUACUAACAAAGGCAAGGAGAGGACCUCGGAGGAGUGGGCCUACGUUCUGGGCCAGGCCGGUUUAACUCGAUUCAAUAUCAGAACCAUCAACGCUAUGUACUCCGUCAUUGAGGCUUUUCCAUCUUAAUAUUGCAAGUCACGUAAAAAUUAAAAUAAAUAAAUGCGUGCUGUUUAGCUACAUAUAUAUUUAUGUAGUUUAA